AUGUCUGACAAGAGCGAAGCCCGUGACUCAAGUCCGUCUUCACCAGUCGCUCCUGUGGCUCCUGCUGAUCCACCUGCGCCGCCAGACGGUGGACUCCAAGCAUGGCUUCAGGUCGCUGCCGGCUUCUUCUUGUGGUUCAAUUCAUGGGGUUUUGUUAAUACUUUUGGAGUCUACCAAACGUACUACGAGCUUGACCUCCUUCGAACAUCAUCCGCAUCAGACAUAUCAUGGAUAGGCUCCUUUCAAGUGUUCUUGCUCAUGUUUGGCGGGUUCCUUGUUGGCCCUUUGUACGACAUGGGAUAUGUCCGCCACAUCGUCGCCGUGGGAGGUUUCUUCGUUGUGUUUGGACAGAUGAUGCUCAGUCUUUGCACCAGCUAUUGGCAGGUAUUUCUUGCACAGGGUCUUACGCAAGGAUUAGGGGCCACCAUGUUGUUCCAUCCCGGAGUGGCUGUUCUCACCUCUGGCUGGUUCAGCUCACGGCUAGCUCUGGCUGCUGGAAUAGCAGCGGCUGGAAGCGUAAUCCUACCCAUCGUGUUCAACCGACUUGAGCCACAGAUUGGCUUUGGAUGGGCCACUCGGGUCCUUGGAUUCAUAUCCUUAGCGACAAUGACUUUCACUGCUCUGGUGGUGAAAGCGAAGUCACUUCCCCCUGCUCCGCGACGAUUCUUCGACCCUGAAUCAUUCAAAGACUUAGCCUAUGUCCUAGAUCUGGUGGGGUGCUUCUGGAUCUUUCUCGGGCUUUACGUGCCAUCCUUUUUCAUCGUACUGUAUUCCGUACAAUCCGGCUUCACUACCGGGAGUUUCAGCGCCUACCUGCUCGCCAUUCUGAACGCAGGUUCGAUCCCCGGACGCCUGCUGCCCACAGCUUUGGCCGGAAAGCUGGGCGUGUUUAAUGUCUUGACGCCAUGCGCAGCAGCUGCAGCAAUCAUCUGCUUCUGCUUGAUCGCGGUAAUGAACGCUGCAGGCAUCAUCGUCAUUUCCGUGUUCUUCGGAUUCUUCUCGGGAUCACUGGCUGCCCUGGCUCCGAUGUCUCUGGUGGCACUGACCUUGCCCGACCGCAAAAGGAUUGGAACUCGCUUGGGAAUGGGCUUUGCAGUUGCUGGGGUUGGACUGCUCAUCGGAAACCCCAUUUCAGGCGCGAUAUUGGGCUCAAGCAGGUUCACUUGGGCUUGGGUAUUUGGUGGACUGGCCAUCGCAGUCGGCGCGCUCGUGUGCUUCUUGAUAAUGAUUGUGCAGCGGAGACGGAAGGCAUGA